AGCGUACGGCCACUCUAAUGCAUUAGUAAUAUCCAAAACAAAUGUUUGCUACGAAUAGUUGAUCAAAAUGACUGAUUUCCAGUGGCCCUGGGAGUACACCUUCCCACCCUUCUUCACUUUACAGCCCCACGAAGAAACCCGGCGGCGCCAGCUGAAGGUCUGGACGGACCUCUUUCUCAAAUACCUCAAGCACACGAAUAGGUAUUCGCUGAGCAUCAACGAUCAGGCCUCGCCGCUGUUCCACAACGAAUCCCUCAACCGCCGCCUGUCGCCGGAGCUCGUCCUGGCAAUCCUGGGGGAGCUAGAGCGAAGUGGUCAUGCCAAUCCGCUGGACAAGCGGCGCCAGGAGUGGCAGGUGUACUGGCACACCCUCGAGGAGUACGGCAACAUGGUGUACGACUGGGUGCAGGAGACGGGCCAGACAAACACCAUCUGCACGCUGUACGAGAUUGCCUCCGGGGAGAACACCAGCCAGCUGGAUUUCCAUGGUGUGGAUGAGGCGGUGUUGCUGAGUGCACUGCGAUUGCUGGAGGAGAAGGGCCGCUGUGAGCUGAUCGAGAUGGAUGGAAGCCACGGCGUCAAGUUUUUCUAACUAUUUACUGUCCACAUGCUUGUCUUCGUUACUAUGUUUUGUGCAUCACUGGGAAUUAUGCUUCGGUAUAUUAUUAAAACACACUAAAUGGCUUGUAAAA